UUUAUUCACUCAUUUACAUUCCCUCAUAUCACUUACAGACUUUGACAAACCUCUAGCCGAAAAUAACAACAACAAAACAAUAGUGUAAAUGCCACAAUAAUAUGCUCAUCAUGCCAUGUGAUAUUAUGGAGAUGAACUUAGUACUUGCCCGGGCAGCUCCACUGAGGAGCUGAAUGCGGAGAAUUAGUACCAGAUGUUCAAUGAGACCGAGUGGACAGCCAAUAGGGAGGAGGGCCAUUUGGUCUGUGGGAGGAGCUCAGUCUGUUUUCUGAGCUCAACAUUUAUUCCAACAGGUAGUUUAAAAAACCAAACAGGUCAGCAGCAGCAGCAGCCGCAAGACAGCGACUAACGAGGUGGUUAUUCUCCGAGGAGAACGUUUCUUUGAUCGCAUUUUGUUUCUGGACAUGCCCGGACGCCUCUCUUCGCCAUGCUGAGCAGGAAGGGGUCUUGUGCGGGGAUGAUGAGCGUUGCAGCCGGAGGAAUAGACCGCAGCAGGGUCGGGGAGAGGAUGCAGGCUGCACUGGCAGGGCUGCAGGAACUGCAUUUGCUGAAGGACAGACAGAGCGACAUGGUGAGCUGGGCACUGAGGAUGGACCGAGAGGAGCCCGUCACUUCUGUCCACGCAGGCCCGGAGGGUCCCAAGAUGGUGAUGGGGGCUGAGGAGCAGCGGCUGGAGACGACCCUGACAGCCCUGAAGCAACAGCUGUCUCGUCUUCGAAAACAGGAUGUAGGCCUGAAGACCCACUUGCAGCAGUUGGAUCAACAGAUCAGUGAGCUGAAGCUGGAUGUGAGCAAGGCCUCCACAGAGCAACUGGAGAGUGACAGUAGGCCAAGUUCAGGUUUCUAUGAGCUCAGUGACGGUGGCUCUUGCUCACUGUCCAACUCCUGCACCUCUGUGUACAGCGAGUGUCUGUCUUCCUCCCAGACAAGCCUUCUUCUCCUUCCCACAAGUCCUGCUAAUUCCCACAUUAGCCCUCCAGUACAAGUUGAUGUGUGCCGCCGGCGUUCUGCUGAUGAAAGCACUACCCAGCCCAACCCUCCGCGGGCCACAGGCCUCCAUCUGGGCAGCAGCAGGAUCCGAGCAAGCACUACUGGCACCGAGCAGGCACGACCUAGACCUGUGUCAACAGGUGAUCUUGAUAAGAUGAUGGCUCAAGGUCUGGGCUACUGCAAAACCGUGGAUGCAAGGAAACCAUUAAUGUGCACAAACCUAAAGACCUCCACAAUGGACCCCAAGUUCCAGAGCAACCUGGUGUCCCGCAGUGGGACUGAAGUGUACCACUACCCCAGCCCUCUGCAUGCUGUGGCUCUCCAGAGCCCAAUCUUUUCCAAUGGGUGUGACCCAGCCACACCGGGACUUAAAGAAGGCCAGGGACCCCCAGUGAACAGCUCUGACAACAAAACCCAUGGUUACAUUGACAAGCUUCUUUUGCGCAGCUUGAGCAAAAUCCAGAGUGAAAAAGGCAUGGAGAUUAUGCAGAUACAGCGUGACUCCCAUGGGAAGCCAACUGAAGCUGUGACUGUGUUUCCUGAGAUAUCACAGAAAGAGUUGUCUAUGGUGCAGCCUCUUCCAGCCCAGAACAUCAUCCCACUAGAUAGUGAGCAGAGGAGGCACUGCAUAACAUACUCCAGCCAAGAGCAAGCUGAUAUCACAAACCACAAACAGUCAGUGAGGGCCCCUGAGGUUUCAUGCAGAUACUCCUAUCCUGCUGCCAUGGGGGAGUACAGCACUGAUAAUGUCACCAUUUCAUCCCUGAGGAAGAAUAAAUCCCGAGGAGAAUAUGCCAGUGUAGCAAGAAGCAGUUCAGAGAAUAGAUGUGGGGACAACCCAGAGCCAAGGCCACAGGAGAGGAUAAGCCACAGACAAAGAUCAGUGAUGGCCCAUAGCUCCAGCACUGAGGAGAGUCUAAGCUUUGAGGUUUACACUGGUCAUACCGCCUCCCCUGAGUUUGUACAUGCCAAAUUUGUUCCUGCUGGCUCUCAGAGGGUCAAGGUAAGACAGGCUGACCGUAAAACCAAAGCUCUGAAACUGAGAAGAAAAAGCAGUGAGAAGCCUCGAGCAGUUAAGCAGCAACAUGGCUAUUCCUCUGGUGAAAGGACCAGAGAGGCCAGUGGUGGAAUCAAAGGGGAGCAGAGAAGGUCAGGGAAAGGAAAAGUGACCCAGAAAUGUACCACCUGUCACACAGAGGAGCGUAGACAGGGUUCAGGCUCGGACUCCAGUCACUCUAGCCCAGGACUCGUGUACACCAGCAAAGUGCAUCCUAAGCCAUAUUCCAUCCCUGCUGUCGCGAAGACCAGCAAAAGCCGCAGACUGCAGAACCUGGAGUAUGAGCAGCCUGUAGAGCAGAGGAAGAGGAGGCAGGGGGCUGCCAAAUGCCCAUCUGAUGUGAUGUUCCAGGCUUCAUGUGCCCAGCGUCAGAGGUCAAAAGAGCCCCAUGCUCAAGCACUGGGAAACAUGCACAUGGUCCGUAGUAUGACUGCCAAGUCAGGCCAGUGGAUAGGACCUUCACAUUCCUUCAAAUCCUCAAAUUCAUUUCUCCACCAUCUUAAUGCCAGAUACCCCCCAGCACCCUUCCACAUGUCCAGCCACUACCCACCAAGAUGUGAGUCUGAAUAUUCAGCUGAAUGUGCUUCAUUGUUUCACUCCACCAUCGCUGAAAGCAGCGAGGGGGAGAUGAGUGAUAACACCACCAAUCGCUUUGGAGAUAGCGAGUCCAGCCAGAGCUUCCAGUCCUUCUCGGACUCUGACAGCAGCCUGUCCCUAGAUGAGGAGGACCAGGUGGACAGCCAAGGGGAAGAAAGAGGUCUGGUGUGGGCUGAGGCUACUCUGGGGCCCACCGCCGCUGGACUGCCCCUCGAGCAGCUCCCACGCCCUGAGCCAUCAGCCUGCCGCAUCAAAGCUUCCCGAGCUCUGAAGAAGAAGAUUCGUCGGUUCCAGCCUGCCUCCCUGAAGGUCAUGACCCUGGUGUAGCAAAGUUCCCCUGGGCAGAAUGAGAACUGUUGGGAAAACACAGAAACCUGUGGGAAAUGUUUUCAGAACUGUUUGGAAUGAUCUCAUCUGGUCCUUUGGCCAUCCUUAAUCAUCACUUAGAGGCAGCAAUUAAAGUGGACUGCAUUUGUGCACUGAUAGCUUUGUUAAAAAUGUUAAGAAUUUACACUGGUCAAACCUUAAACUGUACAAAAUGCUGCGUUGUAUAAAAUAUGUAUCACACAAUUAUUACACUUAAACUUAAUUUGUAGAUAUUUAUGUUAAAAUUAAAGUUUCUCAUAGCAUGUGGCUGCUUUUGACAAUUUCAUGGACAUUUCUGUCAUAUAUGAUAUGUACCGGAAAAAUAAAACCAAUCUUUUUACAUUUCUGGUUGCAAA